ACGCUUGUCAGACGCUUGUGUGUUGCUGCCCUCUACGUUCGUUGGCUUAUACCGUCCUAGCGAUCAACGUCAACAUGGCGAUGCAAGCAGCCCGCCGUCAAAAUGUUCGCCUCCCUCCAGAGGUGAACAGAAUUCUGUAUGUUAGAAACCUGCCUUACAAGAUCACUGCAGAGGAAAUGUACGACAUCUUUGGAAAAUAUGGAGCCAUCAGACAGAUCAGGGUAGGUGUUAAUCCAGACACAAAGGGCACAGCAUAUGUGGUAUAUGAAGACAUCUUUGAUGCCAAGAAUGCCUGUGAUCAUCUCUCGGGUUUCAAUGUGUGUGGCAGGUACUUGGUUGUUCUCUACUACCAAUCAAAUAGGGCCUUCAAGAAAAUGGAUGAAGCAAAGAAGCAAGCAGAACUGGACAAGAUGAAAGCAAAAUAUGGACUCAGUACACCAGAGAUCAAAUAACACUCCUCAACUAAACUCAUUCAAUAACUUGCCAUCUAACAAUCAAAUAUAUGUGCACAACGAACAGGCAACAGCUGGUGGCGUUUAUCAAAGACUCUUAUCAGAUGGACCAAAUAGAAAUCAUGGAGAGGCUUUGUGAAUUGGAUGAAUCUUAUAGUGCUAGGUGGAUUGUUGAAGAUGAGCCGUAAGUUGUACGAAGAGAAGACAAUGACUUUGGAAGUGAAAAUGGUGCACAUUGAUGCUAAUGCAGGCUGGAAAUGCAUACAUCUUAUGGUCAAGAUGUGUAAUUUGGAAUAUUGAACACAGUGUAACGUUCAGAGUCUUAAUUCAUGAAAAUUACAUCUUGACCCUCUUUCCGCCCGCUUCCCCAUAAAUCAAUGUCAUAUCAUAAAGAGAACAUGCAAACAUACAAUCAGAUACAAGAUUGUGAUGGAUGUUAUGAAACUGGUCUGUAUUUUCCAGUCAAAGCAUUGUGAUGAAGACUAUCCAUCUAUGUCAUUGUCCUUUGUCACAGAAACCAUGUAAGGAUGUAAACCUACAGAAAAUUCAAGAAAAAAUGGUUGAGACCAUGAAUUGGUAGGUUUUUCUAAGAAUGACACAUGGCCAUGAAUGAGUCCACUAUUGUAAACAUUUCCACAAAUAUUAUAGGUUUUACCUGAAAGUAGUCUAGAAAUCAACAUGUGGAUUUAUCUAAUUUGUGUCUAAUCAUCUAAAUAUAAUUCAUUUUGGCUAAGUAAUGAACUAAAAUGUGGGGGUAUGUACAGUUAAGUACAUGCUGAAAGUCACUUUCAACCACCUUGAGCCACCUCAAACUGUGACUAGAUUUUAAAAGAAAUAAGAUAAGAUGUUUUGUUAUAUUUACAUGGUUAAUUCUUUCAAAUGUAAGUCCCUUAAUUGCUGUAUGAAUAGAAAUUUAUAUUGCAGCAAAUCCUAUAUUUUUAUUUGGAUGAAUUAGAGUGAUUUUGCAUACUAAUUACGCAUAAAUAAGCAUAUCCACUAAAUAGCAAUUUGCUUGAAAUAAUUUACUAUACAAUUUUGUAGAUUAUGUCCUAGGCAACCUGCGUGUGAAUUUUCGGUGUGAUCGAUGGCACCCCCCCCAUAUGAUGACCCAAAAUACCUCGGCUUAGAUAGGGUUAAACUACAUCCCAUGACAAUUUGAGAGGGUUCAAGUACUAUUAAACUUCCUAAAGAAUGCAGAUGAGUUAAGAGUCUACUGUCACAUUUGUGUCAAGGGGCUGACAUUUUUUUUUGAAGGGCAAACUUCAAGUUUUGUUGUGUACAGAAAUGCUGCUCUUUUAUGCCAUUUCCUAAUCAUUCAUUUAUGGAAUGUAUAGUAACUACCAGUUCUUCUUCUCAACCACUUAUAAAGAAAUGCUUUUGGAAGAAUGGGGAUUGAAAUUAAUGGACCCCAGGGACAACAUGUCAUAAAGCUGAUUAUGAGUGGUUACCUUUUCUUGUGCUAUGAUUUGUGACUUAAAGAUAUUGGCCUGUAUUCACAAAGGUCGACUAAAGUUAUACCGGGGUUAAAUUUAGUCGGGGGUUAACUAACACCUGGGUAUAACUUUAGUCCACCUUUGUGAAUUCGGGCCAUUGUGCUUAACCCCCAAUUUUUCCUUCUCCAUAAUUGGGAGUGUAUUCCCUAUAACCCUACUAAAUUUUGAAUCAGUAAUGUACAAAGAGAUGCUUCUACAAAAAACUAAAAUUGUAUUUCAAGUUUCUACUCGAGCUGAGGAAUCAUAAGAGAUUCUGAUUAGGUAACUAGAAAAGGGAUACCCUUGAAACAGCUUUAUGAAUACUAACCUGGAACUUGGCCUUAAUGAGAUUUGUUUAUUUUUUGCAUUCUAUAUGUAAUCCCUCAUUUUUUUAGAAAAAUAAUUCAGGUACAUGUGUAUAUCCCCAUCCUCUCCCUAAAUGAAUAUACUGCAAAGGUAUUUAUUCUGAAAUUUAUUCAUUCUCUGUUUAUUCUCUGUUUAAUUAUUACCGUGUUGACAAAGAUGUAAAUAUUUGUGAACAAAUGUUUUAAUA